UCCCGGGGAGGCUCGCCUGGGUUCUUCCCGCGGCGGCGGCGGCGGCCAUGGAGGCGGCGGCGGGCGCGCGCAGCGUGCAGAUCGAGUUCCCGCACUACGCGGCGGGGCUGCUGGAGUCGCUGAACCGGCACCGGCUGGAGGGCAAGUUCUGCGACCUGUCGGUGCACGUGCAGGGCCGCGUCUUCCAGGCGCACAAGAGCGUCCUGGCCGCCGCCUCGCCCUAUUUCCACGACAAGCUGCUCCUCCGCGACGCCGGACGCCUCGUCCUGCCCGGCGCCAUCGAGCCCGAAGCCUUCGAGAACCUGCUGCAGCUCAUCUACUCGGGGCGGCUCCGGCUCAUGCUCGACGCCCUCCCGGGGCACCUGCUGGCGGCCAGCGGGUUGCAGAUGUGGCAGGUGGUGGACCAGUGCUCGGGCGUCCUCAAGGAGCUGGAGGCGGCCGGGGGGCCCCUCGCCUACGCCCGCGGGCCCUGGACCGCCCGCGCCGCCGCCGCCGCCGCCACCGAGAGCCCCAGCAGCAGCAGCGGCAGCCACCGCCCGGGCCUCCGGGAGGACGGAGGAGGAGGGUCCGCCCGCCGCCCGCACCGCCUGGACGAGGAGGAGGAGGAGGAGGUGGUGAAGAUCCGGGUGUCCCAGGAGGAAGAGGAGGAGGAGGAAGAGGAGGAGGAGGAAGAAGAGGAGGAGCGCCAGGCCCAGAUCUGCAGCAGCGGCUCGGCUGAGCGGCUGGUGAAGGUGGUUUUGGAUGAGGAGGAGGAGGAGGAGGUGGUGGCGGAGGAAGAGGGCCGCCGUGGCAGGGCCUGUCCUGGCAAAGGGUCCAGGGAGCCGGGCCCGGCCUUCGCUUCGCCCCACGAGGCCCCCAAGGUUUUCUUCAUCAAGCAGGAGCGCUUUGACCCCGAGGAGGCUCCUUCCUCCGCUCUGGGGGGCGGCCCGGCUUCCUGCCUCUCUGAGGCCGGCUUCCUGAAGUCCCCCGGCGGGGCGUCUGAGGUGCCGGGCCUCUGCCAGCCGGAGAUCCAGGCUGGCGAGCCGCUCGGCUACCUCUCGCUGCCCGGCGGGGCGUCCGCGGCUCUUUCCGCCGACUCCGUGGCGGCUUUCCCCGAGAGCUCGUGGAAGCCCGUGGACCUGCACGGCAACGAGAUCCUGGGCCACACGGUGCACGGCCAGGUGGUGCACGCGCCCGUCAAGCUGAUGUCCGCGCCGGACGGGAAGAAAUUCGGCUGCCUGUGCGGGAAGCGCUUCGCCGUGAAGCCCAAGCGGGACCGGCACAUCAUGCUGACCUUCAGCCUGAGGCCCUUCGGCUGCUCCGUCUGCCCCAAGAAGUUCAAGCUGAAGCACCACCUGACGGAGCACAUGAAGACCCACGACGGGAACCUGCACACCUGCCAGGACUGCGGACGCAAGUUCCGCGUCCAGAGCUGCUUCCUGAAGCACAAGGAGCUCUGCAAGGGGCAGGGCUGGGCCACCGCCUGCUGGACCUACAAGUAGGGCCCAGGGGGAGGGGCUGCUGCUGCCAGAAGCAGGACACCAUCCGGGGGGGGAGGGGGGAGAUACGGAAGCGGAUUUUCCCAUCC